AUGCCUUCAGAAGACCUGCAAAACAGCAUUGAAGGUCGUUGUAAUCGAGUCUGUCCUUCCAAGUCCGAUGUGUGGGCAUUUGGGGUCGUGCUUUGGGAACUGGCUACUUACGGUCUCUCUCCCUAUCCUGGUGUGGAACUACACGGUGUCUACCAACUUCUGGAAAAAGGUUACCGUAUGCAGCGUCCGCACGGCUGUCCUGAGUCUGUUUACAGCAUCAUGCUACGAUGCUGGUCCUGGGAGGCAGCUGAUCGUCCAACAUUUUCGUCAAUCAAGGCAGAAUUGGAGGAAAUGUGGCGAACCAUUGAUAUGGCUGAGGCUGUAGCUCAAGAGUUGGCCACUCAACCACCUGUAGUUCAAAACACGGACCAUAUGCAGUUCAUUACUGCCACCUCUACCACGACCACGACCACCACCACUGUCGGUGUUGGUCCUGGCGCCGAUGGUGGGGGUGAGGCAAUGAUGUCCUCUGUUCCUGUCUCCAUGAUUUUGCGUAUGCCUUCAUACCACCAAAAUGACGGCGGAGGCACUGACAAUCAUUCUUCGCCCUCACAAUCCACCUCCUCCUGCACCUCUUCCUCUUCUGCGGCUGCUUCUUCUUCCGGUGCUGCUGAAACUGAUGGCCAAGAGGGAGAUGAUGAAGGCGAGGGAGACCUACGCCUCAAAUCAAUUGUUGAUAAGGACGCUUUGAACUCAGCAGCCGAUUGGAGUACAACACGGACCUCGGAUGGUUUCUACCAGGGCGAUUACAUAGUCAGUGGUAGUGGUGGUGGUGGUAGCGGUACAGGUGGUGGUGUUGUUCGGGUUACACCUGCCUCUGAUUUGCCUCUUGCUACGCACAAAACUACUGCUCGUGAUAGCCAGCUCUCCGCUCCUGCUUCCCUCCCUCCCCUGCACCACCUGCAACAGUUCCAACAUCAUCACAAUAGGGCCAACAAUCACAGCCAUCAUCACCACCGCCAUUAUCAGCACCAAAUUCAGCACUCUGAGACUGGACGGAGUGUGCCUAGACGUCGAAGUGGACCCAAUCAUCCGGUCAAGCAUAUUGAAGAAGGCUCGUUGCGUUGUCCAGUGCGACCAAAGGAGAAGAAUAUAACACCAGCAGAGAGCGGUGUAGGCGAGUCAAUAGUUUCAGCAGACUCACCAGGUGGGGAUGGCAGCGCAAGGCAACAGGAAGAAAGGGCGGUGGGGAUGGCUUCGAAACGAAUUAGUGACAGAGCGGCUGGGGCGGUGACUACGACGUUUGAAGGGAGCAAUUCUUGUGUUACACCUACAAGGGAAGUGGCACCUGAGGUGGCCUCCGAUGAUAGGCGAAUGCGGCUUGAUGUGGAGUCAGUAACGCAGUUUACUACUCUGCCAGCACAGGACCGUAUCACGCGGUACUUGGAGAGUCUGGGUGAACUCGGUGAUGCGUCGGAAGAGCGGACACAGAAAGCUAAGGGAAGUGCGAACCCAUCCCAUCCCCCUCUUCUGUCCCAUUUCCCUCCUCCUCCGCCGGUGCCUCCACCACCGCAACCCGCACAGCACCUUCGCAACCCUCGAGUGCUGCCCUCCGAACGACGCCGAAAUGGGGUAGGACGCUCCGCCUCGUGUUACCAAACUGUCACCAGCGCGCAACUGCUACCGCCACUAGCCAUGACUACCACUAACGGUUCAGUGGAGACACAGGAGAGCCUCCCGACCAACUCUACUCCUAUUUCUGCAGUGGGUGAGACUGUCACACCCACCGACGAUGUCUAUCAGGCACCAAAUUUGGCGCAAAGUAGCAGCGGUGGCGUUGCUAGUGUGGGGGCAGGGCAAACCACGGAAGUGUCCUCUGAAGUGGAGCAGGCGGAGCUGACUGCCUGCCUGAACACUCUCUCACUAGAAGCUACUGAACUCUCCACUGCCUGUCCCCAACUCGCUGCCGAGUUGUCCGCGCUCUCAGUGCAGCUCUCAGCCUGUCGCGGGAAGAUCGAAGCGCGCCUACGUGCCUCUGCUAACGGAGUCGGCGGCAGUGCAGAGGAGGAUCACUGCUUAGUGGGCAUCGCACAGGCUCUACGACACAUUCAACAGGCUCUCGCUGGAAUGCGCGCACGAGUGGAGCAGGAUGGAGAGGAAGCACGAACUCCCACCUCUCCUUCGUCGGCCCCCUCAACUGGAGCAACUGCUGCCACAAACGCCAAUGUCACUACCGUCUCCACCUAG